CUAAUAGAGCGGCUUACCUAUCAAUUUGAUGAUAUAGCUCUCUACCAGUUUCACCUAAGGAGACAGCGUGCAGAUCUCGCCGUCUUCGCUAGGGAUGAAGCGUUGAAGUUGGAUUUAGAUCUCGAUUAUUAUUCGGUACAGGGAAUCAGUCUAGAGAUCAAGGAAAGACUUAGCAAAUGUAGGCCCGAAAGCAUUGGCUCUGCAAAGCGUAUGGAAGGAAUGACUCCUGCGUCACUUGUUGCCCUACUUCACUAUGUGAAGAAGCACAGAAAUCCCAGCUCACUGGAUCUUAUCCAAGAAAAUUCGUCUCAUCAAGCAUUAUAA